GUGUACAAGAGGCGUGGCAACACGUCGACGUUGCACCACGAUGAAGAAAUGCCUUAGCCGCGUAUCUGCACGUCUCCUCCGUCUCUCCGUCACAUCAGACUCCCCCUGGAGCCAUGGAAAAGCAGCUCCCAGCGUCUCUUUCGAGGCAGCACUCCGUGAACGCUCUCAUGAUCGAACGAGAGGCCACCUCGCCACGCCCUCCUCAGCAGCAGUCCCCUGCAGCAGACGAGGAAGAGGAAAAAACGCCUCUCUUGCAGGGGAAGUCAGACUUGGAGGGUGUCUCCACCAAAAAAGGGACCGGGAGGUGGAACUUGAGGACCCUGACGCUGCUCGUGGUCCUGUGGAUCGCCUGCAUCUUGAUUUCUUCCUGCUAUUCCAUGAUUGCACCGUUUUUCCCCCAUGAAGCUCAGAAGAAAGGGUGCUCUCUGCUAGUUGUUGGUGUGAUACUGAGUGCAUCUCCUUUCUGUGUAUUCACAACGUCACCCAUCUUUGGAUAUCUGUUGCCAAAACUGGGGAUAAGGUUCUCCAUGAUCUUCGGUUUUCUUCUUGUUGGAGUUGCAUUCAUCCUACUAGGGUUCCUGCAAGAUUUGCCCGACGGAUGGUUGUUCAUUGUAGCUGCCACGGUGCUGAGAAUGACAGAGGGUAUUGGGUCUUCUCUCGCCUUCACUGGCAUGUACACACUGCUACCUGUGCUCUUUCCAAGCCGCGUUGGUCUAGUCAUGGGAGUGUUUGAAGUGGGGAGUGGACUAGGGUUCGCAGUGGGACCACCUAUUGGAGGACUCUUGUACACUGUGAGGCUUGUCUGUAGUGAGGUUUGGUUGAAUGUGUGUGGUUCUACACUCGUAGGUUGGAGGGUUUAUGCUUCCAUUUGUGAGCGUUGGUGCCACCGUACUCCUCAUAAUCCCACCUACAUUCCUUCUCUAUAAGAAGACAAGUUGCCAGCCUAAAGUCAUUUCCUUCGGAGUCAUUCGCCGGCUCUCUGGCAACUUUGUAUUUGUCCUCCUCUUGAUAAGUCAGGUCAUCUGUCUCACAGCACUCGGGUUUCUCAAUCCCACAUUCCAGCCAUUCCUCCACAAACAGUUUGGUUUGGAUGAGCUGCAAGUUGGGCUGGUGUUCAUCUGUGCACCAGCAAUGUACAUGAUCCUUGCAGCUAUCUUUGGUGCUCUGGCUGACAAAUUUGGACCGAGAGGUUUCAUAGUGUCUGGAUUCCUAAUCAGUGGAGUGUCUUUCUUUUUAAUUGGACCUGCCACCUUUAUUACCACACCUCGACUGUGGUUAACAAUUGUUGCAUCUCUGCUUAUGGGAGUGGGGCUGGCCCCUGCGUUUAUCCCCAGUUACUCCGACCUCCUCAAAAUUGCCAAGACACAGCAUCCAGAGGUAAACACAGAGGUUCUGACUGGAGUUGUCUCAGGUCUCACCUCUGCCACCUUAUCUCUCGGGUGAGGCUUCUCCACCCCAGGCUCUCGGCACUUUAAACGUUGUCACGAACUGGUGCUAAAACGGAGUUCAUUGGUCCCCUACUGGGUGCUUCGCUGACUCAGUUCACCGACUUCCAGACCUCUACAGUGCUACUUGGACAAGUUCUUUGGGCACAGGCAUUUCUGCUGUUAGGAGCAACCCUGAUUGACAGAUUUCACAAUCAUAAGCAGUCACCAUGAUCUCAUCUAUUGUUGCUGUCCCCAUAAUAACAAUCAGCAAGAAAAAUUUUAUCAAGCCGCG